AUGGACAUCGGUAUGGAGUCUCUUGAGCAAAGGUAUUCGGAGGCAAUGCGUACCUUUACCUAUCAGAGAGAGCAUCGAGACCGAUGGGAGGGGGUCCUACGACGGGACGCACCUCGUGCCGUUGCCGUUCUCAAAGAGCUCGGUCGCGAAGGAUCCUCCAGCGCGUCGGGAGAUAUACACAUGGACGUAUAUCCCAUACUUAAGGCUGUGCACGAAGCUGCAAUCGACGGUGGCCCCUUGUGGAAGAGCUUAGUGCGAGCCGGAAUAGCUGAUGGCUUGUGUCAAACUUUCAUCGACCUCAAAGUUCCCCGCGACUACGCGAUCGACGAAGCUCCAUCGUAUUAUUUCAUGCCCCUGGAUGUUCUCUUCCAGACCACCCAAAACUGGAAUGAACCCUAUGGCCCAACCGAAAAAGCGAUCGCCUCGUCUCUGAAGAGGCAUUGGGCUGGUAUUGUCAAGAGACUCUCGGAAGAACCAGACUUUGUGAUCGAGAUAGAGGAACACCUUUGCCAGAUGCGUGCCAUCAUUCCCCGGUUAAUCCUGAAAUUGAUGCAGGUCGAUCCUUCAUUCGAGGACAUUUUCCUAGUCCCUUCAGACCCAACCGUUACACUACUCACACGAUAUAUGCUCCUGGCGAAAAACACGGCAGACUUCCUCUCCUCCGCAUUCCUUGUUCGCCACCUCAUUAAACCAGAUGGGGAGCAGCUUCGCGGCCUGUUCUCUGCCCGCGAGCGCUCUCAGACCGAUAUGUGUCUCCGCAUAGUGAAAGCGACCAACCGCUCAUAUUCCAAGUUCUUCUCACAGCUUGCUUCACGACCAGUGUGGGACUCUCCGACAGAGGCUUAUCAGGGAAUCCAGCUACUCCUCGUUCUCUGGGAUGAGGCCUUCACCAAAGAGAUCGACGCCUUCUUUCAUGCCUUAUUUGAAACGCCAGAUCUUUGGAGAAAAUUACUUCAUGUAAUGGACAUCUCACUGUCCUCGCCCGGGACGGACGAAAUGAAGCCCUAUCAACUCGUCAUGACGCUCCUCAGCGAAUCACUGAGGCAUAGUUACCACGAUUACCCGAAUUAUAGCGAGCGGUUGCUUCGCUCGUACAUCGAAGGCGAUAUUCUUGCUGUGCUAGACCACGUAUUGCCCUACUGUGUGUCGCACCUUGAGGUGCCCGAAAUACCUGUUCUGAUGGGGCGUCUGUUCUCAAUAAUGUAUAUCCUCCUCGAAAAUCACCCCACGCUUGUUCCUCUACUUCAGUCAGAACUCCCUCGACCUCGAAUCUUCCGUGCCCUCACUGAUUCUCUCGACACACCCGACGGCCCACUGGAUCCUUCACCGGAUCGUGAAAGAAUGUCGGGCGACUCCUCCACACUCCUCGACGACGAUUCCGACGAAGCCUACAUUCGCGGAGGAUGGAUCUCACUUAGGUUCGUUGAGAAGGUAUGUUAUGUCGAGAAACAGUGUAUGCGAAGGGGGUGUAUCAAGAAAUCUGUGGCGAGGUGUGUCAAGUGUAGCGUCACGUAUUAUUGUGAUAAAGUGUGCCAGAAGAUGGACUGGAAGGAACAUAAGCUGGUUUGUCAAUUCUUAAAAGACGAGGACUUCGGCCUUUUCGAGCGUAAACAUAAACACAUUAGUCGUCGACCGCGUCCUCAAUAG